AUGAAGCUUCAUCUGGUGGCUACGGCUGUGUGGAUAGCAGCCGUGACAGCGACAUUGGAAUCCGAUUCCCAUGGAAACUGGAGCAACGAAAAGGUGGUUCCAGAACGGAGGUACGAUAAAGGUGAUGGCCAAGCAAAGGAAGAAAUAAAAGUCCUCGAAAGCCACUAUAUACUCAACGUCAAUCAUAAUGAAGGGAUCCGUAACUCUACUCAGCCCAACAACCCUGACGACGCGAAGAACGAGGCGUUGAAGCUCAUCGCCUCGAAUGAAAAUAACGCUGCCACGAAUGGGACAUAUAGUGACAACCCACAACGCUUCUCCAAGCAACUGGUUCAACCGUACCUGUUCCACAGGGAAGAGAAACAACCUCAGGAAAGUACUAUAAGUGAAUCAAAUACUGUUCAAAGACCGACAAGGACCAGUCAGAAUACAUCCAACGAUGCUGUCACAGUGGAGUAUCUUCCAUCACAAGAGAUUACGGUUACUCAGGAUUCAAACAUACCACCCAAAUACCCUGUUGCCCAAGAGAACAGCUCCAACGACCUAGGUUAUUCUGUUCCCGACGAUAAACUGGACGUAGAAGCAGUUGGAGAAUUCGGUCAGAGAGUUCGUUCGCCACUAUUGAGGCAAAGAAACAACAACUUCAAUCGAGUGAAGUCCAGACAGCCUGUUGACACUGUAUCCUCUUCCGAAGACUACAGAAAACAGCACAGAAAGUAUUUUAGACCCUUAGGGACUAAGAAACUGAACGUUUCAGAAAGUACUCUGAACACGUCCUCCGAAGAUCGAGUUAUCUUUUCACCGGUUACAACCGGAGAACCACAGAGAAUUCUUAAACAGAAGGAUAUUGAAGAGGAUACGAAGCACAACUUGGACCUGCAUUACACUGUCUCGACCAAGGAUACUAUCUCGUCCACUGUCAGCCCAACAGUGACAGUGUCCCUUGGAAAAUUCUCUGGCCCAAUUGUGGUGCCUGAUCUGCCUCGUCAGAAGAAAUAUCCUUCAGCCAUAACUGAUUAUUUAGCAAAUAAUGAGGCAGCCAAACCAAUCCCAUCAGAACCUACGAGAACAAAGGGAUCAGAUGCAGGAUACCUAGCAGCUCCACCAGUUAUUCUGAAUCCCCUUCAGGUUGGCGUUGCGUUAAUGAAUGCAAAGGAAGAUUUAAAUUCGUUCAACGACCCUGUCACAUUAGCCAAAGACUAUUCCCAAGAUGAGAUUCAACCCCCAGAAUCCGUUGUUUCUAAUCCAGCCAGUGCUGUUCAAAAUGACUCUAUAGAUUCAGGUAAUUCUAACCUACAAAAUGAUCAAUUGUCAGAACAGGAGCAGAUCUCUGAGACACUGAACUCCCCUGCACAUUCGGUCGAGAUUCAGAAAUCGGUAGAGAUAUAUCACACAGCGCCUAUACAGGAAAUACAUUAUCCCAUGGAGUAUGUACCAAAUAUCGAGCAACCUCUACCGAAGCAGAACGACUACAGAAAGUUUCAGAAAAAUCAGUUGUUCAAGGAUAGGAGACCUGGCCAGCUCAAUGUCUACAAAAGCAAUGAAAUCACCGAUGAAAUAAUUCCUGUUAAUAGUCAAGACAGAGAUCGUUACGAGUACAACGUAAAUGAAAAUGAUGUUGUCUAUUCGGCUACUAAUGGACAAGUGGAUCAAGUGUACCGUCCAGUGGAUAACAAGCCUGUGUUUGGGGUUAGGGAACAAUUGGACAAUUCACAACCUUCUGGACUUCAGGGGAACCCCGAAAAAGGUCAAUCAACGAUCGUCUCGCAACAGCCCUCCAGAGUGGUAGAGGACUUAUCGAGUCUAGCAAACUUGGAAAGUUCUCAAGGUACCCAAGAGGUUCCUCAAAUUCUAUUAUCCAAACCUACAAACGAUCCAACAGAACUCAGGCUGUUAAUGUCCGCGCCACAACCGUACCCUGUUGAAAAGAUCAUCGAGAAGACAGUCCACGUGCCUCACGCCCUAGACGUGGUAGAGAAAACUGUGCCUUAUCCAGUGGAGAAGGUAAUAGAGAAACAGAUAACAAUCCCACAACCGUUCCCCGUGCAUGUGCCAAUCGACAGAAUAGUGGAGAAGCAGAUACGUAUCCCUUAUCCAGUGCAUGUGGAGAAGGUGAUCGAGAAGAAGAUACCCUUUACGAUCCAGAGGUUGAUCAUACCGUUCCCAAUGCAUCACUUCAGAGUGCCACAAUCAGUUCCAAUCCCGAUAGAGAAGAUAGUGGAGAAGCCUGUAGAGAAGCCAGUGCAUAUAUCUAGGCCGUAUUCCCUAGAAGCUGCAAAGCUAGUUAAAUCUGUGACGAUUCCAGUUUAUAACGUUCAGAAAGAUGAGAAUUACCAACCACUAGUGAUCAGACAGCAAAGUUUCCAAACAUUACCUGGGCCCUCGUACAGCUCUAUAGGCGAUGAUCAGGUUUAUUACAACACCACACAGCUAUAUGGUCUCGGUUACGCAGCCUUAAACCGCCCCUUAGGCAGGCAACAAGUUGUACAUACACUGCCAAAGAAGUUUGGAUCGUACGGAGUCCAGUAUCCGCAUUCUGUCGCUUAUUCGGCGUUGGUUAACAAUGGCAAUUCUUUGUCCUACGGUAGGGGCAACGUCGAGAAGGAUAAAAUCCACGACGAAUACGUGGGUCCUGUGCCGAGAAAAGCCCUAAUAGGAAUACAAUCGAAAUCAAUACAGUACAGCCCACCGAAUAUCCAGGCGACUAUGAGGAGAACCAGACAAGAGGGAGGGAAUACUGGUAGCUUUAGACAGUCGAAGAUGGAAUAUGGUUUCAAACCACCUAUGGUGCCUUCUGUCCAAUAUGACGAGCAAACUGCCACUAAAGUGGAGUAG